AAUAAUAGUAUAGUGUGAAAAUAAAGAAUGAAUUAUCAACAAGAAAAUCGGCAACCUUGUAUUCGCGUCGGCCAUAUUGUUUGUACGCACGUUGCUGGUUGAAAAAAAAAAAAAAAACCCUCGCAAUUGCGAGUAGUUGUGUGGAGUUUACGGUGUGUGUCGGAAGGGAAAAGAGCCCCGAGUGUUUUAAAACCGAGGGGGAGCGCCCGGAGAAAGGGGAUACUGAACUGGGUGUCAACUGAUUGCACUUCACCACCUCAGUGCAAUGUCAUACCAUCGCAGUGGACAUCCAGGUGCAGUAGCAGUAUACGGUGCAAAGCCAAUGGCUACAUUAUCGCCAAAUCGAAGAUACUCCAGUACAAAUAGCACAACAACAACAUCUGGAAUUGGCAGUUCAACGACAACCACUAAAUUCAAUUCAUUUCGCGGUCCCAUGGGCACAUUGGAGUGCAACUACUCCACAACGACAACAUCGAGUUAUCGAUUACCACCGAGGAGAAUCCACUGUUCUCCACCUAGGUCAGUCUCGUCGUACAGCGACACGAGUGCAGUUGUCUCACUGUCGACAACUAGUCUCCCAAAGUACUCGUCCACAGGCAACUCAUCAGCCUCAUCAACGGUCUCAUCAACCUCGAGUACACGUGAACGUACGACAACCCCAACAUCAAAAUUAACACCGGACGAGUUCUACCAGAAAUACUCACCCACAAAUUACGUACCAAAUAUAUCAAGCAAUCGUGAGACAACACCAGUUAAUGGACACUACAAACCAUCGUACACACCGAUAUCAGCUGAGCUGUAUGGUGGUGAUGAGAGGGACUCGAUACACAGUGACAGAUGGUCAAGACAGGCAAAACGUCGUAGUACACCGCUGAGCAGCAUAUCCCUUGGUCAUGACGAUGUCGAUUGCCCCAAGAGCCACCACGAGGUAACAAAGAGCCAACAGUGCAAUGAACGUUGUGCUAUUAAUACAACAAUCGAUGAGAGUGAUAGUAAUGCUAAUAAUAACGAUAAUGGUGAGUUUAAUGUUAAUUGCAAUGGCGUGAAAAUUGAUGAUAAUCAUAAGCAAGAGGUGACGUCGUCGUCGUCGUCGUCGAGUUUGUCAUCACCAACUGACUCUGGUUGGUGUGGAUCAGAGUCACCAGUGUCUGAGAUUAAUCUAACAGCUACUAAUAAUCGUGAUAGAGCUUGGAAAGACACGACUAAUGAUAAUAAUGAGCUGUUGACUAACAAUAAUGCACAGGAGUGUUGUAAGCGUCCGAAUGGGUGCGAGGGAGAGGGAAUCGCUGUGAAUUCUUAUGGGAAGGGUGGUGAGAACGGCCUCAGGGUGACUGGAAGACCAGCUGGUAAUCAUGGGGAGGAUUCCUCAAAACCGUCCACCUCCAAGAGGAAUCAUAUUUUUGGAUGGAAUGAACCACUUGGGGAGAAUGGAGGGACCUCUACUGGCACCAGUGGACCCGUUGGGGUUCAUCAGGCAAUUUAUCGGGGCCUCGCUGAUUCUAUUGAGGAGAGCUCGACCAAACCUGCCAGGAGCAGAAUCACUGGGAGAAGGGACGAGGGAUAUGGGCUGAAUGGAUUGAGGAAUAUUGGAAAUACAUGUUUCAUGAACAGCGUCAUCCAAUGUCUGAGCAACACUCGACCUCUCCUCGAGUAUCUGCGAAACGAGCAGUACUUAAACGAUAUAAACACAACGACGUCGAGUAUGAAGGGUGCCCUGAUAAAAUCCUUUGCCCAGGUCAUACAUGAACUGUGGGAGGGCAGUGGUGAGAGGGUUGUCAAUACAACGGCACUCAAGAGCCAGAUACAGAGAUUUGCUCCGAGAUUCAUGGGCUAUGCACAGCAGGAUGCUCAAGAGUUCCUUAGGUAUUUGCUGGAAGGUCUUCAUGAGGAUGUCAAUAGAGUUACCAUCAAGCCAACGCCAAUAUUGACUGACAUACCGGAUCACUACUCGGACAGUCUAAAGGCGACAGAGAGCUGGAAACGCUAUCUUCGCAGUGAGGACAGCACGAUAGUGGACGUUUUCGUUGGACAAUUGCGUUCCUCCUUGACCUGCACCUCCUGCGAUCACGUAUCUGUGACACUCGAUCCAUUCUGGGAUCUCAGUCUACCAAUACCCGUGAGGACUGGCACUGUCAAGCUCAAUCAGUGUCUUGAGCACUUCACCAAGGCCGAGGUGAUGGAUGGCGAUGAAAAACCAACGUGUUCCAAGUGUCAGAUGAGGAGAAAGUGCACCAAAAGCUUUGGAAUUCAGAAGUUCCCAAAGAUUCUCGUCAUUCAUUUGAAGAGAUUCUCUCCCACCGAGAGAUUCCGGGCGAAAUUAAGUGUCCUGGUGGAUUUUCCCCUUACAGGCUUGGAUCUCAGUGCCUUCGCUGCCCCAGACGUACAGGGCUGCACUUACAAUCUCUAUGGUGUUGCUAAUCAUUCUGGUACUCCUUACUCUGGCCACUAUACUGCCUACUGCAAGCAUCCAUACUCAGGCGAGUGGCACGAGUACAAUGACAGUCGUGUAUCACCAGUAUCAGCUAGUUCGGUUAUAUCCAGUGAAGCCUACGUUCUAUUCUACGAGCAACAGCAGCCCAGUUCACAUUUGUAGCCAAACGCCACACAUAGUUGCAUGUAAAAACAAGGGGAAAAAAAAACAGCAAAAGGGAUAAAUUUAUGACGAAAAAAAAAUAAACGACGGUACCAGCAUUGCCUAGUGGUCUUUAUCGACUCGAUUGCCAAAUGAGUCAAUAAAAUCUGGAAGCAGAAUAAAAAUAAAGCGGAGAGAAGCAAUUCGAUACCUGGAAGCAGGCAGUAGUCAUUUUUUCAGAUAUCUCGCACGAUUAUAGUCUUUAAAUUCCAUCGCCAAAUCAUCGCGAGAAGAAAAAUUUAUGUUUGUAUUUUUCUUCCUUUUGUAUUCAUCUAAUUUUUAUCAAGUUUCAAUUCAAUAUUAUGCAAUCAUUUAUUCUCUCGUGUGACUUCACUUUAUUUUAUCGAAUGUGAAUUGAAUUUUUGUGAACAUUUUUUAAAUUAUUUGUUUGACUGAGUGAUAUCAAACGUCUUUUUUAAUUUUUCUCUUUCUGACUCGUGAGUCGUGAAAUGGAAUUUAAUUCUUGUCUCGACAUUUUUUUUUCCGAGUCUUCGGACUGGAACUGUGGAUGUGGUUCUCCUGCUCUCGAACAGAUUAAAAAUUUAUAGUGAUGGAUGCAAUGAAUCAACAGAGAUUUCAAUUGAAACCUGGUAACACAUAACUAUGGCUAUAUUAACUUUUGUAAAAUAUUUUUGUUUAAUCCAUUGAAGAGAACACAGUCAAGUUAUUUAUUUAAUUUAUGAUAUAUGGAGGAUAAACAAAAUCAGAGUUAAGGAUA